GGCAAUGAUCACUCGAGUAAACGACCGUUUCUCGCCAUGGAGUACUUGCGGCGGGGCUCGCUCUAUCACGUGCUCCACGACAGAGACAAUGUCUUCACCCAUCACGAUCGCUUGAGGUUCGCCCUGGACACGGCCAGGGGCAUGGCGUACCUGCACGGCUCCAACCCGCCGCGUCUUCACAGAGACCUGAAGUCUCCCAACCUUCUUGUCAGCGAUAAGUGGGUGGUGAAAAUCGGAGACCUGGGUACGUCACGGUUCAUGGCCAUUCUAGACGAGGAGAACUCAGCGGCAGGAAUAGCCACGACGGACCCAAAAUCCUUCCAGACGGAAAUCUCGGCCAUCCAGCCCAAUAUAUCCAAUACUGCUGACAUCAACCUACCGACUGCUGGAGCACCCCUCAGAAGACGUGAUUCCCAGUGUUCAUUAACUUUAUCAGAAAGUCUGGAGACCAGCCUGUCAACACCUCUGCUCACGGAUGUCUCAACAAGGCAUGGUGAGACGUACCAGCAUUACUCAGCAUCGGUGAUGACUCGUGGAGUUGGCACACUGCGCUGGAAAUCACCGGAGACGGUUCGUGGCGAACACUACAACGAGAAGGCGGACGUCUACAGCUAUGGUGUUGUCGUAUGGGAGAUCUUCACCAGAAAAACUCCCUAUGGACAUUUGAAGCGCAGUGGUGACGUGGAGAAGGCCAUCGAGAAUGGCCACCAGCUGGUUCUUGUUCCUGGAAUGCCGUACGACUACCGACAUCUGGUUGAGGCCUGCUUGCGACCAGAGGCGGCGGCCCGUCCGUGCUUCAAGGAAAUAGUGCAUGAUCUGGAGGUCCAACAAGAGAAUGUUUGAUGCACGUGUUCUGUUCGCGUGUGGCCCCUGACCUGUUGGCCGCUGUUGCAAUUGAUUAUUUCAAUAGCACCUACAUGUACAUGAUUGUACAUGUACAUGUACAUGUGUGAAGUUUGUUUGAAAUUUGAGAACAGUAUAAGCCUGUUAUGUAUGAUGGUGCUGCUGCGAUUGCCAAAUUUUACUUCUGUUUCUUGCUGCCUUACCGGCAGCAUGGCGGUCGGAGUUUGAACCGAUGUCUGCUUGGUUAGGUACCACACUUUAGCAUACAUGUAAUUACCGAGCACGGCUAGCCUAUAACAAAUGUUGAGACUGGUUCCAGUUCUGAUGGAAGCAGGUAUUGUGUCUUCACAUGUUCCUCCCUUUUCAAACCCAUCCUGACUGAAUAAUUCCACCUCCGUUUUGUAAUCCUUCCAAAUUUAGUGCGGCGUCAGUUCAUUUAAUACUAGUACAUGCACAUUUUCAGAUGAAGCCUUCUUUUCAUUCUACAGGGAAUUAAAAUGUAUACUUGAAGCAUGCUGGAAUCCCUUCCAAUAUACAUAUACAUGUACAUCCAGCCAUACAUGUAUGGAUCUUCCGAUUCCGUUCUUUUCAUCUAGGUGACAAAGUCCACACUAACUAUCAUGCGUUUUCAAGGUCUUCUGUUUUCUCACUUUGGCUUAUGUCCACUGCUCUAUUCGACUCAUGUUCAUACUUUCCC